AUGUCCUUGGAAAGCAAAUACAAGAAGGAGUUGGAGCAUGGCCGAAAUUGCCAUUUAAAUGCUUUUGAACUGAAGAAGCCACUGACAGAUAAUAUUUUGGAGUAUUUGCCCUUCUUUAACAAUACUGCACACAAAAGUCCAUCAAGUAUAGCGAGACGCAAUUUCUGGCUGGGAAAAUGUGAUAAGUUUUGGCGCCUCUACGGCUAUUGUUACCAAGAUAGCAAUGACAUCCCAGACACGCUGACAACCAUCACUGAACUGGGCUCACCUUUAGAGAUGAUUCAGCUUUUACAGACUUCCUGGGAAGACAGAUUUCGAAUAUGUCUCAGCUUAGUUCGACUUCUGCAUUAUUUGGCUCACUCUCCUCUGGGCUCUGUGACAUUACUGGAUUUUCGCCCUCGGCAGUUUGUGAUCGUGGAUGGGGAACUGAAGGUGACGGAUCUGGAUGAUGCCAGUAUUGAGGAGAGCUCUUGCACCAGUAACAGUGACUGCUUUAUGGAAUUCCCUGCAAGGAACUUCACCCUGCCCUGUUCAGUUGAGGGACGGUGCCAGAAUAUGAACGAAAAGAGGAAUCUCUACAACGCCUACAGGUUUUUUUUUACGUAUCUUCUUCCACACAGUGCGCCAUCCUCACUGAGACCAUUACUGGAUAAGAUAGUCAAUGCAACAGGAGAACUUCAGUGGGGAAUAGAUGAGACGGCUGCUCAGCUAGAGAGAGUUUUGAAUCUGUAUAAGAGUGGAGAGUACCUACAGAACACGACGCGAAUGCCGAAAGCUGAGUACAGACGGGUGCCUGAAGCUUUUAUUCCUGAUGAGAACUACAGAUGCUGGCCAUCUUACCAUCAUAAGGGCUGCCUGCUCUCCGUGUUUGAUGUCAAUGAAGCCAUUGAGAUCUGUGACAGCUACUCCCAGUGCAAAGCUUUUGUCUUAACUAACCAGACAACUUGGACAGGUCGGCAGCUUGUCUUCUUCAAGAUGGCCUCAAAUCAUAUCAUGCCUGAUCCUGACAAGAUAACAUAUGUGAAGGUGACAGACUGACAGCUAAAGUGGCUCAGUCUGACGCGUGAGUGACAAGAGCUGUUUGUGUAUAAAUAUAGGCAGCUGUGAGGUAUAAGGCGGCUGUGGCCGGAGAGAUAAUUGCACUAUUACUCAUUCUAAUCUAUAGAGUGCUAAACAGAACUUUAAAGAAAUAACCUGCAUGACCAGGAUGAAUGUGCAAUAAAACAACAUUUUUAAAAUGUGAUUUUUUAAAAAAACAAAGCAGAAUACAAGAUAUGAUACACUGUUAGGGUAUAAUUUUGGUUAUAAAUCAGCUGGCAGCUCUGGCUUUUCUAACCAAGGUUAGCAUAAUGUUUCUGACCUGUGCUUGUGUGCACGGGGAUGAACGUUGAUCAUUUCUAUGGGAAGUCUGUAUCCUCUGCGCUGAUAUUUAUUUGGGCACGUACAAUCACAACAGAGUAACUGAAGCAUCUCAGUUUGUAAGCUGAAUAGCAAACAUUUCUGAAGACAAUCAGCAUUUGUGUUAAAGCUAUCACAUAUGCAGUGCUGGCGUAUUUGUCAAAAGGAAGGAACUGGUUCUGUUUAGGAUUGCAAGACUGUAGCUACUUUUCAUACUUUUUGCUUCCAAUGUUAUAAUGAAGUUUCAUUUUUAAUUUAAAAGAGCCAUUUUGUAGGUCUAGCAAAUCACAUAAGCAUAUGAAUAGUCCCACUGAAAGGGUAGGGACUUACCCAAGUGCCGAGUGCUUUGCUGAAUAGGGAUAGGCCUAAGCAUAUGCUUACAAUUAAGCCUGUGCUUAAGACUUUUGUUGAAUCGAGUUUGAAUUGUUCAGGAAGCCACAUCUUUGACAGACUGGCAAAGCAAUCCAGCUGGUGGAGCAGUACUACUUUAAUGACUAUCUGGCAGUUACUCGUACUUUUUAUCAUCAAAUCCUUGGUUUUCUAAGGCACCGCUUGCUAAUUCUUAGAGUGAAUGAAGUAAAUGACCUUAAUAAUGGCAAAUGAAUGCUAGCCUUAAUUAUCUAUAAAAUGCAUUUUACAGGCAUGGUGUGUCUAGAGAAUUUGCUUUCAGUGAAAGCAAUAAAGUAAAUGCUAAAGUGACCAAUGUCAUACUGUUUUGUAGUUUGUACAGUCAGGAAAAAAAAUGUGCUUUUGUUUCUCAAAUUGUUUAUUUUUGUAAAAAAAGAAAUAAAAGAUAAAUACUAUUUGUUUCAUACUU